AGUGUGUGGUGUCCCAGGUUGUUGGUUUGCUGAAGAGUCUGAAGUCUGAAGAGACGAGAGCCAUUUCAGGACAAGAGGAAGAGAAGUUGCAGCACCAGACAGAAAGAAGAAACACAACCAGACGUUUAACCCCGGCGACAACGCUGUCAGCAGUAUUGGCAGCCAUUUCACAAGUAAGGAUCUAAAGCCUGACAGACGUCAGAUCGAGGGAACAAGCAGUACAACCACGUGACCCCGGGGAGCCCUGUACAAUCCCCCCUGGGCUGUAUCAGAUAUCCCAACCCGUUGUAAAAUGGUACUCUGAGGGACAGACGUGUGGCUCCUGAGGACGGACGGACUCACAGCAGAAGCCCUCUCUCUCCCAUGUCUCUGAACGUGUCCUCCCCCCCCCUGGUGGUGAGGGGCGGUAUGGACGUGGACUCGGUCCUGAACUGGGUGACCGUGGUCUUCUACCUGCUGACCGUGGGUCUGGGCGUGCCUGGGAACGCCCUGGUCAUCUGGGUGGCCGGCUUCAAGCUCAAGCCGAACGUGACCAACGUGUGGCUGGUGAACCUGGCGGCGGCUGACCUGGUCUUCUGUCUGUCCCGGGUUCUGUCGCUGCUCAAGAAGCUCUACUUCGCUGGCUGGCCCUUCGGACUCUUCCUCUGCAAGUUCAACGGCUUCUUCAAGUACGCCAACAUGUUCUGCUCCGUCUUCCUGCUGGCCGCCAUCAGCCUGGACCGCGCCCUGUGCGUGUGGCGCCCCGUCUUCACGCGCCGGCACCGCACAUUGCGCGCUGCCCGGGUCGUUGCAGCGCUGGUGUGGGCGGCGGCUGUGGCCUUCAGCGCCCCCUACUUUGCGUACCGCCAGGUGUACCUGGACAAGCGCAACGAGACCAAGUGCUCGCUGGAGGUGAAGGAGGCGUCCGCCGGCGACAACACGGCCAAGCUGGUGCUGUACUCCAUCCGCUUCCUGUGUGGCUUCCUAUUGCCUUUUAUGGUCAUCCUGGCGUGCUACGUCCUGGCGGGCGUAGGCAUCCGACGCACGCGCCUCCCGGGGAAGUCCCGCACGCUGCGGAUCCUGGCCUCGCUGGUGGUGGCCUUCUUCCUCUGCUGGGCGCCCUACCACUGCCUCCUGCUGGCCAAGUUGGUGAAUGGCAAGUCGGUGGCGCUGGACGUUAGCCUGACGCUGGCCAAGGGCCUGGCCUACCUCAACAGCUGCGUCAACCCACUGCUGUACUUCUGCAUGGGCCUGGAGGUGCGGGGCUGCUUGCGGCAGGGCCUGGCGGCGGCGUGCGCACGGGGACUGGCGGGCGACGAUGGCGACGGGCCUAGCAGCCGGUCCUUGGAGCGCACCGUGGACGACAGCGGCGGCUCCGGCACCGUGAGGCUGAACGCCGCCGCCGCCGCCGCCCAGAGCAAGCACCUCCCCCAGGGGGCGGGACCAGAGUCUGACAGGGGGCAGGGGCGGGGUCUGACAGGGGGCGGGGUCUGACAGCUCGUAUCCAGAGCUUAACUUCGGAAACCCCGUGACAAAAAAAUUCCGGAACACAUCUUUAAGCAAGAACAGUGCCAAUGUGCCAACGCGCAGUAUUCUGUAGCUAUAGCAACAGGUUCACAGGUUCAGUGUCACCACAGUCCCGCUCCAGUGACUGAUUAGAAUCAAUUUAGUGAACUUUGUUGACGCAUUAAAAUCCAAACUUAAACCCA